AUGGGCCUCUUCGUCUCCGACGAUGGCCAUUACCAGGGCUGGCUGGCCGCCUUGUUAUGCUGCUGGGCAGCUCUAUCCGAAGACGAACACCCCAUUGAGAAAAAGAAGAUUUCUAGACCGACGACCGCCCGAAACACCAUAUGGAACGAGCAGCCAACGCCACUGAGGCCCAUGCCCUCAACACCUUCGAGGACGUUGACUGCGACCACUGAUAAAGGGAUCGAAGCUGCUUUCAACGACGAUGAUCUGGUUCGACCUAUUUCUGAACGCCCUCCUUCGAUCAAGCCCUUGGACUUUGGGGGCGAGAGUCCGCUGCUUGGAAAGAUGUCGUUACAUGCCCGUCAGAAGAGCUCUACCACUCUCCCGAAACGGAUCAGUAUUAGUCGACCGACCGACUUCAGACGCUUGGAGUACACCGAAAAGCAGCGCCGUUCGCUGGUGCCGCUGCAACUCAGUCCAGUGGUGUUGAGGGAACAUACGCCGGAACCUCUUAGUCACGACCCAACUGGCAAUCGUUUGUCAAGGUCAGCCGAUGGGCUCAUGGAGGACACGACAAACAUUCGAAACUCGUAUCGCGCUUCUCGUGGAACACCAUUCGAGCGAUGCCAGCAAUUGAGCUCGACAGCUCGUUUGAGCGAGCCUGCCGCGGGCGUGAAUGAAAGAGGGCAAAUUAUCCUGGAUACAAAAGUUAAUACACCUACGAGGCCGCCACUCUCUACACAAUCCUCAUCAAGCUCCAUGCAUUCCCUGCGACGACAAGCUCUUGAAUCUAGCUCCUCGGCAUCGACCACACCAUCGAGGCCAUCAAGUGAAAGGAUACGUCUAAAGCGGAAACGAUCAAAUCAGAAGAACUCUGGCGGCAGCGCGGAAUUGAAUGUCGACAAGGAGAUUCUGGAACUCAACACUAUUGUGGAGGAGAGAAGAGCCGAGUCCACACGACCACAAAGCCCCACUGGAGACGGCCAUGUACCUGCAGUGGCCCCGUUGAUGCCUGUGAGGGCCAGGUCUGAGACGUUGACUGACAUCGGCUCUGCUUUCUCCAGGCCGUUGAUCUCGGUCACGACGUCAAUGUCACAACCUGAGGAGAACACAAUAUCCCCAGUAGAGAAGACCUUCUCCCCAGUGACGCCGAUCAAAUCUCGACUCUCUCGACCUUUCGUGUCAAUGCCAGACCCAAGCGUCGAUCAGACAGGACGAGUGCCAAUUCGAAGACCAAGCUCACGAGUGACCGGCUGGCUGACAAGUUUGCUAUCAUCCUCGUCGACUCCAGCGCCAAACACAUCGAACCCCACGCAGGAGCCAUUCUACACCUGCGCACCACCUGUACGCCGUCGCCCGGUUUCAGAAGCAUCACUGUGCACAAGCAACACCGACUUGGAAUCACCCGCAUUCACAGCGACCUCAUCCCCAAUGUCAAAAAGCCACAGUCGAUCCUUGACUGCCGAAUCAAGGAUGACGCCCAUCUCGCCACCAUCGACAGUCGAUGAGAACGUCGAACCUGGCUCGGCAAUAACUAAACCGGAUGACCCGUGGCCUCUGGUGGUGGAACAUCCCAGUCAGGUGGGAUUGGCAUUGUAA